AUAGUAAACGACCAAGACAGCACUCUUCCAGCUCAACUUCAACCCCAAAACACCAUCAUCAUGGAAGUCUUACUUGGUAUCACCGGCAAGGAUUUCACCAUCAUCGCAGCCUCCCAGGCCGCUAUGAGAGGAGCAACGAUUCUCAAGGCGUCAGACGACAAGACGAGAGCAUUGAACCAGCAUACCCUCAUGGCCUUCUCUGGAGAGGCCGGAGAUACAAUCCAAUUCGCAGAAUAUAUCCAGGCCAAUGCCCAGCUCUACUCCAUGCGGAACAACAUCGACCUCUCUCCCUCUGCCAUCGCACACUUUGUUCGCGGUGAACUCGCCUCUUCUCUCCGCUCCCGCAAACCCUACAAUGUCAACCUCCUCCUCGGCGGUGUCGACCCCAUCACCGACAAGCCCUCGCUGUACUGGCUGGACUACCUUGCGUCGCUGGCGCCCGUCCCAUAUGCUGCCCACGGGUACGCGCAAUACUACUGUCUCUCGAUCCUCGACAAACACCACCACCCAGACAUCAAUUUCGAGCAAGGGCUCAAGAUCUUGAGGAUGUGCACGGACGAACUGAAGAGACGGUUACCGAUCGAUUUCAAGGGCAUGUUGGUCAAGGUCAUCACGAAGGAUGGAAUCAGGGAGGUGGAUUACAACGAUGAUGCGCGGGUUGUUUGUCCUUGA